AACAAGAUAAUCAAUAUGGUUGUUAAUUUCAAAGUUUACAAGAAGGCUCUCCCUAAUGGCAAAUUAACACUGUAUCUUGGAAAACGUGAUUUCAUAGAUUAUCUAUCAGGUACAGAGGCAGUUGACGGGGUCAUUCUUGUUGAUCAGGAUUAUGUAAACAGCGGUCGAAAAAUUUGGGGUCAAUUGGUAUGUAGUUUCCGUUAUGGACGUGAACAAGAUGAAGUGAUGGGAUUAAACUUUCAAAAGGAUUUGUAUUUAACAUCAGAGCAACUUUACCCUCAGACGCAAAAGUCUGAAGAAAAUCUAACAAGAGUUCAAGAACGUUUAUUGAAAAAACUUGGACCAAAUGCUGUGCCUUUCACUUUUAAAUUUCCUCAAUGUUCACCAGCUAGUGUUACUCUUCAACAAGGCCCGGAAGAGUCUGGACAACCUUGUGGUGUCAAUUAUUAUUUAAAAGUAUUUUCUGGUGAUAGUGAUUCUGAUUUAAGUCAUAAACGAAGCACUAUUUGCCUUGGAAUACGUAAAAUUCAGUUUGCUCCAACCAAACAAGCCCGUCAACCUUGUACAGUUGUAAGAAAAGAUUUUUUACUGAGUCCUGGUGAACUGGAACUGGAAGUAAAACUCGACAAGCAAUUGUAUUAUCACGGGGAGAUCAUUGCUGUGAAUAUUUGUGUGAGAAACAACAGUAACAAAGUAGUCAAAAAGAUAAAAUCUCUAGUGCAGCAAGGUAUUGACGUUGUUAUCUUCCAAAAUGGUCAAUUUAGAACAGUAAUUGAUGCUGUUGAGACCCAAGACGGAUGUCCGAUAAGCCCUGGUUCUACUCUACAGAAGAUUAUGUAUCUCAAGCCUGAUAUUGAGAAUAAUAAGCAACGUCGUGGUAUUGCAUUGGAUGGUAGAUUGAAACGAGAAGAAGAUGCUUUGGCAUCAAGCACCCUUCUAACUAGUCCUGAUAUACGUGAUACAUUUGGAAUAGUUGUAUCAUAUGCUGUUAAAGUGAAGCUUUAUUUGGGUGCUUUAGGUGGUGAAUUGACUGCUGAAUUACCAUUUAUUUUGAUGCAUCCAAGAACUUCGGAUCGAGUUAAACUCAUGCCAUCGGAAAGUGUUGCUGUUGAGGACAUGGGAGUUGAAGAGAAAUGCGUUAAGGAAUAGCUGUAAUUUCCAGGCCCCAGUCAACUGGAAAUACUACUUGAUAAAUGGCUGGAAAAAUUCAUGAACCGUACCACUGCUGUCACACGAUUGUCUUAACGAUUACCAGACCACGAUUUGAUUCAAUAUAUAUAUAUUGUUUGUUGCUUUUAUCUAGUAUAGAUUCAUAUAAUCGUAGUAGUUAUUGAUGCUUUAUAAAGUUUAUCGAUUCUAUUGCCUUAUUUAUCUUGUUAAUCAUUCAUUAACAAUUAUAUCAUAAAAAUGAGAUAAUAUUUUAUGAUUAAUUAGUACUGAACAGUCUAUAAUGUAUGUUAAUGUCCAGUAAGAGGAGAACAAUUGGUGUGUCAACAAAAUCCACUGAAUAAGACGCCUAAGAUGGAAUAUUUAUUUAAUCAUUUAUGAUAAAAUUAUUAUUAAAUAUAUUAAUUAAAAAGUAGCUUAGUAAUUACUAUAUUUACUAUUCUGCAUAAAGACUACACUUCUUUAUUCUUUAAUAACAAUCUUACAAAUAUUUUGAUAAAGAGACGAUAAGUUUUAA